GUGGAUGUGUGACUCAGUGCGCGCGCGCGUACCACAUGAUCAGCAGUCGCGCACCUCGUGAUUGCACGAGAUAUCGAUUAUUAUUCGGCCCCUGCCCCUUGCCACGACUUUCGCGGUCGUAAUUCCAGGAAGAGAACAAAACGAACGGGAGUCUUAGCGAACCGCAUCUCUUGGACAGUCGUUAAUAUCGACGUGAUCGUCCUUUCGGCACGUUAUUUCCAACAUCAAAGAUGGGCUCGCUUUUCCGCAGCGAGGAAAUGACAUUAUGUCAACUGUUCCUCCAAAGCGAAGCUGCUUACGCCUGCGUCUCCGAACUUGGCGAGCUCGGGCUGGUACAGUUUCGCGAUUUAAAUCCUGAUGUCAAUGCUUUCCAAAGAAAGUUUGUCAAUGAGGUACGUCGUUGUGAUGAGAUGGAACGCAAACUGCGUUACCUGGAGAAGGAAAUCAAGAAGGACGGCAUUCCGAUGCUGGAUACCGGUGAAAAUCCAGAGGCUCCACAGCCUCGAGAGAUGAUUGAUCUGGAAGCUACUUUCGAGAAGCUAGAGAAUGAAUUGCGGGAAGUGAAUCAGAAUGCUGAAGCACUUAAACGCAAUUUUUUGGAGCUAACUGAGCUCAAACAUAUUCUACGGAAGACUCAAGUUUUCUUCGAUGAGGCUGAGCAUGGAGGUGUCGUGUCGCAGAUGGCAGACCCCAGCCGUGAGGAAGAGCAAGUCACUUUGUUGGGUGAAGAGGGCCUCCGCGCCGGCGGCCAGGCUCUCAAACUCGGUUUCGUCGCGGGAGUCAUCCUGAGAGAACGCAUCCCCGCGUUCGAGCGUAUGCUAUGGCGGGCGUGCCGCGGAAAUGUCUUUCUGCGCCAGGCGGAAAUCGAAACUCCUUUAGAAGAUCCAUCGACGGGGGACCAGGUGUACAAGUCGGUCUUCAUCAUCUUCUUCCAAGGAGAUCAACUGAAAACUCGUGUAAAAAAGAUCUGUGAAGGUUUCAGAGCGACCCUGUAUCCCUGUCCAGAAGCACCAGCUGACCGUAGGGAGAUGGCAAUGGGAGUCAUGACUCGCAUCGAAGACUUGAACACUGUCCUUGGACAGACACAGGAUCAUCGUCAUCGCGUCCUUGUAGCUGCCGCAAAGAAUAUCAAGAACUGGUUCGUCAAAGUCCGCAAGAUCAAAGCGAUUUAUCAUACUCUGAAUCUUUUCAAUCUCGACGUCACUCAAAAAUGCCUGAUCGCAGAAUGCUGGGUGCCCGUCCUGGAUAUCGAGACUAUCCAGCUAGCGUUAAGACGCGGAACGGAACGUAGCGGAAGUUCUGUACCUCCUAUUUUGAAUCGCAUGGAGACUUUCGAAGAUCCGCCGACGUAUAAUCGCACAAACAAGUUUACGAAAGGCUUCCAGGCAUUGAUCGAUGCCUACGGGGUCGCCUCUUAUCGCGAGAUGAACCCUGCGCCCUAUACCAUUAUCACAUUUCCGUUUUUGUUCGCGAUAAUGUUCGGCGACACCGGUCAUGGCCUCAUCAUGUUUUUGUUCGGCGGUUGGAUGGUACUGAAAGAGAAACCGCUAGCGGCUAAGAAGAGCGACAACGAGAUUUGGAACAUAUUUUUCGGUGGUCGUUAUAUCAUUUUUCUCAUGGGCCUGUUUUCUAUGUAUACCGGUCUCAUCUACAAUGACGUGUUCUCCAAAUCGCUCAACAUUUUCGGCUCUAACUGGUUGAUCAAUUACAAUUAUAGUACUAUCCACAGCAAUAAGGAUCUACAGCUAAAUCCCAGUUCUGAUGAUUAUAUCGAUUAUCCCUAUCCAUUCGGCUUGGAUCCGGUAUGGCAGCUGGCGGAGAAUAAGAUCAUCUUCCAAAACUCAUACAAAAUGAAGAUCUCUAUCAUCUUUGGAGUAAUACACAUGCUAUUUGGCGUGCUAGUAGGACUGUGGAAUCACAUGUAUUUUAAGAAGCGUAACAACAUCACUUGCGAAUUUGUGCCGCAGGUGAUUUUUCUCAUGGCGCUGUUCUUCUACAUGGUGUUGCUUAUGUUCAUCAAAUGGAUCAAAUAUGGUCCGAAGAACGAUCUGAUCGAGGGACCCGGUUGUGCACCUUCGGUCCUCAUUACUUUUAUUAACAUGGUCCUAUUCAAACCUGCCGCCAAAGUUGGCCUAUGCGAGCCGUACAUGUACGGCGGUCAAGGCGGUCUGCAAAAGUUUUUGGUGAUCGUAGCUUUGCUCUGCGUGCCAUGGAUGCUGCUGGCGAAGCCAAUUUUGUUGAUGCGCAAUCGCAAAAAACAACAUUAUCAACUCAACAAUCAUGGCGCCGAGAAUGGCGACGUGGAAGCUAGCAUGGGAACCUUACAACAGAGCGGAGGCGUUACCCAGAACGGCGGCCAUAAGGAGGAGGAAGAGAACAUGAUGGAAGUGUUUAUCCACCAAGGUAUUCACACCAUCGAGUAUGUUCUCGGUAGCGUGUCGCAUACCGCGUCCUACCUGCGUCUCUGGGCCUUGUCUCUGGCCCAUGCCCAGUUGUCCGAGGUGUUAUGGAACAUGGUAAUGAGAAAUGGUUUAGCGAGAGAGGGCUGGGAUGGCGGCAUCAUCCUCUAUGCCGUCUUCGCCUUUUGGGCUGUGCUUACUGUGGGCAUCCUUGUACUCAUGGAAGGCCUUUCAGCGUUUCUGCAUACACUUCGUUUACAUUGGGUGGAGUUCCAGAGCAAGUUCUAUGCUGGCUUAGGCUACAGUUUCCAACCGUUCUCCUUUGAAAUCAUCCUCGAUGCCGCACAGACCACUACUGAGGAUUAAAAUAAUUAGUAUUAUUAAUUAACAGUUGCCGUUGACUAUUAUUGCUAGUAUGAACGUAGAACGUCGCGAAUUCAGUAGCUACUUCUUCAGACAAGUCAGUUAUGAGCAAUUAAUGAGCCUCUUAUGAAUAAAAUAUAUAUGUAGAAUCAAUUAACCUAUAAUUGAUCAGAAUACGAAAAUUAUUUUUUUCAUCUUGUUUGUUUAACCGUAAACAAACGUAGCAUCUGAAAAAAAACUACAUUUAUAGCACACAUUAAGUCAUGACAAGAGAUUAUACUCGUGAUAUUAUAAGUUUCUUCCUCGUUGAUCGAUAAAUUAUAUAUAUAUUUAAAUUCGAAUGCUAAUUUUUUUUUCUUUGUCGUCGUCUAAUAUAUAAAAUCCUGCAUGUAUUCUUACAUACAAGCGAUAUGGAAUUCUUACACAUUGUAGAAUCUAUAGAUCUGAAAAACAAAUGUACGUCACGUAGGCGACCGAUCAAUGUUAUUUCAUAUAUCUAUAUAUAAUAAAGAAUGUGGCAUACCGAA